AGUAAUAUCGUGUGUCGCAAAAUAUAACCUCACAAUAAAAUGCUCGAAUCCUUAUCGGUGUCAUUAAAGGUCCCGUUCUUGAGAAGAAUUUGAUUUUACACAUUCGUUUUGGUUUACGGACGCUUCGGCGUGCACAUUACAUCAUGAAAGUUAUCGUGAAGAAGCUUCAAGGAAAAGAAUGCGUUGUUGACAUUACACCUUCGGAUACAGUUCUUCAGUUAAAGCACAAAGUCAGCGAUCUUUUGGGUAUAGAUGUUCCACAUCAGAGACUAUUGCUUACGGGCAAAGCAUUAGCUGAUGAAAAUCCACUGAGUUUUUAUCCAGGAAUCAAAGAUGGAAGCAAGUUAAAUCUUUUGGUUAUUAAAAAGACAGAAGAAGGAUCUAGUGAGGGAAAGGCUUCACAUAGCAAGUCUGGCAUGUAUCUCUUACGAGAUGAAAUUUCUAGAGUUCUGAGGCAUUAUUAUACAGAAUCAGAAACAGAGUCAAUAAUCAAUGAAUUGAUAAAAGACCUAAAGAAUAAAGUGAAUAAUCUUAGUUAUGAUGACUUAGAAAGAUUAGCAACUGCACUUCUUCAGGACCAAGAGAAUAUAGCUUAAGAAUAAACUUCGGUUUUUCAAUUUCUCACUUAUUAUUUGAUUAUUGUAAUACACUUUUAUUUAAUUAAAAAAUGUUGCCUCAUUGUACCCUAAUAACCAGUAGUAUAUUUUAAGUAAAGGGAAAGGUGUGCAAAAAAACAAUACAAAUGUAUUAAAAGGUCGAUUUUAUUAAAUCAUACACAAAGUAAAUAAUUUAAAUUGCACUUCAAUAAAAAUUAGAUGGUUUUAAGGAUCGGCCAAAUCCAAUUGACGGAAAUAUCUCGCAACUAGACAUAUAAAUAAAUUCAGUGCUCCUAUUUCAUGUAUUUCCAGUUUCUUCUAAAAAAAUAAACGAAAAAAAAGAAUAAAAAAGUAGACACAAUUAAAAUUUACAAGAAA